AUGGCGCCAGCAGAAAAGGAGCAUCCUGCUCAAUCGCUCCUCGCCCGCGCCCACGAGCCCACCACCUCCUCCCAGAUCUUCCGCGAAAAGGUCCAGAACCGCCCUCUUCUCCUCCGACCCUCAUCUCCCGAUCCUCGCGAAAAUGUCCGCUCCCAACGACAGAAAGCAAGAUUAGAAAAACAAAAGGCCAGUCGCAAGUCAAAGAAGCCUCGUCCUCUGACUGCAAAGCAAAAGAGACUCCUCGGUGUCUACGACAUUCCCAAGGACCAGCGCAAGUACGACAUCUACCUACCCAUCUGGAAGCUAUGGUGUGCCUACAUGCGCGAAAUCCUGGCAAUGGACAAGUCUCGCUACGUAAAUGCUGCUGCUGUUGGUCCUUUGUUGGCUAGUGCAGACUAUCAUGGUGCCAUGGUCGACGUUGUAAGAUGUCGCUGCGUGGGAAGAGUGGGAAUCAAGGGGAUUGUCGUCAAGGAUACAAAGUUCACUAUGGAAAUCAUCACUCAGAAGAAUGAGCUGAAGACCGUUCCCAAGGAGUACACCGUCUUUAGAUUCGAGAUACCCUUUGCCGAAGAAGAUAGUGAUGGUGACAACAACAUGGCCGAGCCACGCAAACUAUUCGUUUUCGAACUUCAUGGUUCACAAUUCGAGAACCGACCUGCCGAUCGGGCAAACAGAAAGUUCAAACAGCACAUCGAUCCCGAUCUGUGA